GUCAGAGGUACGCGGUAAGUGGUGGGAAGACCAGAGCCUUGCUGCUAAGGGAGGUAGCACUUGAGUAAUUUCACUAGUUAGGCUAUUAGCUAGCUAGCUGUAAACGCAAAUUAAACAACUAACUAUGCAGGGAGAUGAUGUGGACACUGUGAGGUCAGCCAUAUGGAACAACUUGCCGCAAGAGAAGAAGUUCAGCCCGGAAAGAGUCGCUCAAAUCACAUCAAGGUUUAGGACAGUUCAUGGGGAUGGCAAUUCCGCCACAGUGUUCAGAGGCACUUCUGGCGGUUCAAGGGUUGCUGUAAAGUGCAGGAAGAGGGGGUCUGAGCAAGGGGAAAAGGCUUUCCUCACUGAAAUCGUUGUUCACUCCAGAAUGGGGAACCACCCCAAAAUUGUGGGCUUCCUGGGUUGCGGCCUCCAUUCCCAAUCCAGGAUGGCUUACAUUGUGUGCGAGUUCAUGCCCAACGGCAGCCUGGAGUCCCACAUUCAAGCCAAUUUGCGCCAGUUUUCAUGGAGAAGGAUCCUUCAAGUCCUGAUCGAUGUUGCCACUGCCAUAUCUCAUCUCCACUCCCUUGGCAUAGCUCAUCGGGACAUCGCCUCCAGAAACAUCCUUCUCGACGCUGACCUCCGCGGGAAGCUCAACGAUUUCGGGCUGUGCAAGCUUCCCCUUGAUGCUGGCUGUUAUUUUCACGAGCCCGUCUACCCCCGUAUCCCGUCCACGCUUGACUUCGACGUUUACCGCUUCGGGAUGGUCCUUUUCGAGGUCCUUCACAAAAGACAAUGCCUAGACCGUCAAAGGUCUGUUCUGGGGUGGAUGCAGACAUUGAUGACGCGGGGCAGUCACACCGUCCAAGACUCCGCCAACAUUCAGGCUUCGUGGCGGUCAUCCGGCCGAUCCGCCGUCUCCAGUCGUUCUAUGGGUGUGAUCCAGCGCUUAGCUUUUCGGUGUGUCCAUUCAUGCUCCUGUUAUCGACCAUCCAUUUCUCAAGUUCUCGAUCAGCUAAGGCAUGCUGCCCACUACUAGCCGCAACUAGUAUAGGUAUUUCCGUAUAUAUACUAAGCUAUACGGAGUACUACGUAUGGUAUAUAUACUUACGUACGUAUAGUACAUGGAUGCACUUAUUACUCGUACGUAUUACUUACUCUACCUAAGUAAUACGUAUAUGGUAUUAAUUAGUGAUCUGACAGGGUUUAAUUUAAAAAAAAAGGUAUUAUAUAUACUCCGUAUAUGGCUAAAUGGCUAAUGGCUAUAUAUAAUGAUAGGAUGUUGUGGAAAUGCUGUAAUAUAAUUACAUACAGCUAGCCUUACAGACAAUUAAUUAAUUAAUUAAAUCUGGCUAGU